UCCCUUACAGUCAGCACGGUUUUGGUAAAAAAAAAAAAAAAGAAAAAGGAAAAAAAAAAAAGAAAAGAAAAACCUUGCACUGCACGAUCAGAGCCAGUCUGUCACAGUAACCUACUUCACGAAUGCCGCACCACCGUGAGCAUCCAAGUUGCAUUUUCUCCUCUCACCCUAACUUGAUUGUGCCGGAGAAAUGAUUUCAGUAGACGUCACUCAUCUGCAUAGGGAGUAAAAUGCAACCAUCCUGCAAGGCUUUUUGCGCCCUGAAACUCUCUGUUCCCUCGUCGUGUGAUAAAAAGGACCUACUAAUUGCUGCAUAACCGAAACUACAAACAUGGAAGGAGUAGGAUGUUACUAGCAUCCGCCGUAGUGGUAUGGGAAUGGCUGAACGAGCACGGACGCUGGCGGCCCUACAGCCCGGCUGUCUGUCAUCACAUCGAGGCAGUCAUCCGGAGCGACCCGCGGUGUGGUAGUGUUGUCCUCGGCCAGGUGGACUCUCGCCUCUCGCCCUACAUCAUCGAUUUGCAUUCCAUGCACCAGUUCCGACAAGACACAGGUACCCUUCGACCGGUACGACGUAGCUUCUACGACCCCACCUCGGCGCCGGGCCAGGGCUGGUUGUGGGAGUGGGAGAACGACGCUGGCAGUUGGACGGCGUACGACACGGAGGUGGGCAUCGCCAUCCAGGCAGCACGUGAUCGCCAGCAGCCCUGGCUGGACCUGGCGCCGCUGGGUUUCUGCUACCUCAUUGACUUCGAAAGCAUGACUCAAAUCAACGGGCAGACGCAGCGCUGCCGGCGUAUCCAGCGCCGCUCCGACCUAGCUUACCCGCUGGUGUCUGGACCCCUGCCCAAAUCUCACCACGCCUGGGGGCCCAUGUCCACAGCCAGCCACGGGGGACUGCUUGGCGUGGAUGUGUCCGGAGUGGGCAUGGGGAUCCGGAUGAGCAGCAGUGGGACUGGCAACGGGAGCGCGUACCCCAGUGGGGCACUCCCCGCCUCAGCCAUCACCUCCUUGGGACAGCCCUGCGCCUGUCAGCAGUGCAUGCUGGUGCUCAGUGUCAAAGCGGGCGCCAUGUCUGCUCACACUCUGGGGCGGAGACCGCCACAGACCAAGCCGCCUAGUCCCAAGAUCAGCAGUUACCCUGUCCCAGGGGGGUCGUACUCACUGACCCUGCCCCGGCCUCCGACCCUGGCGCGGUCCUUUUCCCCACACAGGACGUCCAUAGUGGGGGCGACAGGUGGCUAUAGUCUGAGUGGUAUGGGUGGUGCAGGAGGUGUAGGAAUGGUCGGGGGUAGCGGUGUUGGCGGUGCCAGCCUUGGUUAUGGAGGAGGCUUCACCCACUCUCUGUCCCUCCUUGGCUCAGCUACCGCCGCCCUCUCCAUCUCCUCCACCCGCCCCCCUCCUCCACCUCUCCCUCCUCCUCCCCCGCCUCCUCCUCCACCCUCCACCACACUCCCAUCUGUUGCCACUUCUCCCCCUCACCCCUCCACGUCGUCCUCCCUCUCCGCCUCCUGUCCUGCCCCCACGGUGCCCGCUCCAGGCCCACCUCUAAUCUCCACGGCCGCCUCCACCUGCACGCCGUCGCCUUCCGCCCGCGUCCUGGGUCCAGUGUCUUCAUCGGGUGCUGCUGCCUGCGCCGCCCCUCUGCCCCCCCGGUCCAGCCUGGCAGGGCUGAGCCGACCUGCCCUGCAGCGUAUCGCCAUGGCUCAGUCACGUGCCCUUAUCGCCUCUGGAGUGCCAACUGUUCCAGUGAAGAACCUGAAUGGAUCCAGCCCUGUACACCCUGCACUGGCAGGCAUUACAGGCAUCCUGAUGAGUGCAGCAGGGCUUCCUGUCUGCCUGACCCGCCCUCCCAAGCUGGUGCUGCAUCCUCCACCUGUCAGCAAGAGUGACAUCAAGCCCGUCCCCGGCCUGGGCCACUGCUGCCGCAAGACCACCAAGAAACAGGCUCGUAAAGGAAAAACCCCUGAGGAGGUGGUGAAGCGGUACCUCCAGAAAGUCCGCAAUCCCCCAGAGGAGGACUGCACCAUCUGUAUGGAGGCCCUGGCUGGCCCGUCGGGCUACAAAGGCCCCGGCGUGGGCGGCAUCUCCCGUGCCGAGUCCGUGGGUCGCCUGGCGCAGUGCGGCCACCAGUACCACCUCCAAUGCCUCGUCGCCAUGUACAACAACGGCAACAAGGACGGCAGCCUGCAGUGUCCCACCUGCAAGACCAUCUACGGAGUGAAGACCGGCAACCAGCCCCCGGGCAAGAUGGAGUACCACGUCAUCCCACACUCACUACCCGGACACCCCGACUGCAAAACCAUCCGCAUCAUUUAUAACAUCCCUCCUGGCAUCCAGGGCCCAGAGCACCCAAAUCCAGGCAAACCCUUCACUGCCCGCGGGUUCCCCAGACACUGCUACCUCCCUGACAGCGAGAAGGGACGCAAGGUUCUGAGGCUUCUUCUGGUGGCGUGGGACCGCCGGCUCAUCUUCUCCGUGGGGACAUCCAGCACCACCGGAGAGUCCGACACCGUCAUCUGGAACGAGGUGCACCACAAGACGGAGUUCGGCUCCAACCUGACGGGCCACGGCUACCCCGACCCCGGCCACCUGGACAACGUUCUGGAGGAGCUGAAGGCUCAGGGCAUCACGGAGGAGGAGUGCCUACCCAGAGACUGACACAUCCAGGACGCUGGAGAGGAUUAAACAACCAUCCUGUGACGGGAAUCCACAGCUGGACACAUGAAUUAUUUUCAAGAAUCUGAUAAAAAUGAACUUCAACCACCAGAGAUGGGAAAACAACUCUUAAAACUCUUCGUUACAGAAAUUGCUGAGAAUAAUAUUUCUCUUACGACUGCAUGAGUCGGUUUCGUUAACGUGGGAAAUCAUUUUUUUCUCCAGAUGCAGUAACAGUGUCGAGAUGGCAGACAUUUAAGACCACUGUGCACAUAAAAGUCAGUGUUAGAUUAAAAAAAAUCAUUUAUACUGUGAGACUUCAUAUCAAGAAUGUAACUAAGUAAAUUUUGCUGAACUGAUGAAGUGUUUACCACUACUACUGCUGCUGUUAUGUGGAACUGAAAGAGUUUAAAGUGGAAGUGGAGCUCUGUAAGUUUUUUCAAGUGUUAGUCCACAAGCAGAAGAAACUUGUCACUGCAGAUAAAUAUUUCAAGUGUAUAACUGGAUAUCUGAGCAUGAAUAUU